UAUAGUACUAAUAUAAUGCUCCUCUAGCAGACAGAAGCUGGUGUUCCAUGCCACCAAGGCCAGGUCUCUGGUUACAGUAUAGUACUAAUAUAAUGCUCCACUAACAGAGAGAAGCUGGUGUUCCAUGCCACCAAGGCCAGGUCUCUGGUUACAGUAUAGUACUAAUAUAAUGCUCCACUAACAGAGAGAAGCUGGUGUUCCAUGCCACCAAGGCCAGGUCUCUGGUUACAGUAUAGUACUAAUAUAAUGCUCCACUAACAGAGAGAAGCUGGUGUUCCAUGCCACCAAGGCCAGGUCUCUGGUUACAGUAUAGUACUAAUAUAAUGCUCCUCUGACAGACAGAAGCUGGUGUUCCAUGCCACCAAGGCCAGGUCUCUGUUUACAGAGGAGUGUGCCAUGAAGUACCGCCUCUUCAUCUCUAAGAGCGAGGAGUGGAUGAGGAAGGUGCAUCAUGUGAGGAAGCAGCUGAUUGGUCUAACCAGCCAAUUCAACAGCGUGGAGAAAGAAGUUUCCAUGGUGAUGGAUAGAGUUAUUAAGCUACAGGAGCAGUUACCUGGUAAGGUGCUACCUCUGGCAUCCAGUGGUAUGGUGAAGCCUCAAGCCUACCUCAGCCAGAGCACCUUGGUAGAGAUGACCCUGGGGAUGAAGAAGCUGAAGGAAGAGAUGGAGGGGGUAGUUAAGGAGUUGGCCGAGAACAACCACUUCCUGGAGAGGUUUGGCUCUUUGACAUUGGAUGGAGGAAUGAGAAGUGUGGACCGUAUCUGAGACCAUGUGGCCCCUCGCUACACCCUACACCUUCACCCAACCUCCAUACCCACCCUAAACCUUCACCCACCCUCCACCUUCACCCACCCUCCAUACCCACCCUACACCUUCACCCACCCUCCAUACCCACCCUAAACCCUCCCCCCGACUCUCACCCACCUUAAACCCUCACCCAACCUCCCUACCCACCCUAAACCCUCACCCACCUUAAACCCUCACCCAACCUCCCUAUCCACCCUCCACCUUCACCCAACCUCCAUACCCACCCUAAACCUUCACCCAACCUCCAUACCCACCUUAAACCCUCCCCACCUUAAACCCUUACCCAACCUCCAUACCCACCUA